GUAAAUAAGCUGUGACAGAGUCCGUUGCCGGUAAAACCCUCUGGAUAGACUCACAGCAGAAGAGGACUGAAGUGAUGCUCUAAACCGGGAGGCUCAUCCAGUAGUUAAGAAUCAACACAGCCAAUUGAGACCACAUCAGAGAAGAAACGCAUCAGUCCUCUGUGCAGGAGCCUGCUGGAGAACAUGCCAGGCCUGAGGAAGCGCUCCACAUGGGCCCCGCUGCUCCUCAAGUCCUCCUGCAUCAAGUCCUGUGCCAACGGCUGUUCCCUGGGCACCACCGCCCACCUCACCUAUGCCAACAUGGACACCGAGUCCAUAGAGGGUGUGUUCGUGUACCCUCUGGGGGAGAAGGAGGUGGUGGUGGGUUUCGAGGCGGUGAUCGCGGGCCGCAUGGUGGGCGUUCAGAUCCAGAGCCGGGGCAAGUUGGAGGACUGCUGUCUGGACUGCUGCCCAGGGUCAGGCCUUGACGGUCAGUGUGGGAAUGGCCGCGAAUGGGGCUGCUGUGGAAGUUCCAACCUGGACAUGCAAUGCACCAAUGGACACCUCAUCCUGGACGAGGACCUGGAGAGAACCACCUUCAUUGUUGGCACAGGGGUCAUCGGCCCCAUGGACAUAGUGUCUGUGGUCAUAAGCACCACACUAGAACUCCCCACAUUGGAGAAUGGAGCGAUCCGUCUGGUGUAUCCCACAGUGUUCACUCCCAUCGUCACUGGGCGGAUGACUCCAAGCAAAAGUGAAAAUGGGGGGAAGUCAUCAGAAGAAACAGGGCCCACCAGUUGUUUUGGAGCCGCAUCAGUCAAGCAGGAGCGGGUCUUGGGCACAGAGCAACAGUGUGCCCACACCAUCUUCACCAGCCCAGCUGCCAACCUGGCCCCUUACGAACUCAACUUCCAGCUAUUGGUCAGAGGAGCCUGUCUAUUGGCUGGCCUGGAGAGCCCUACCCACGCCCUGAGGGCCGACGCAGACCCCAGUGCCCAGAGCGCCUCAGCCACCUACAUCACCCUCGCACAAGACCACCUGUACGACAGACACAUCGAGAUCAUACUGCACCUCAGUGAACCUCACAGCCCAUUGGUCAUCCUGGAAAGGGGCCGGCUCUCCUUCAGCCAAUGGGAGAAGCAGAUCUGUGCCCGGCGUGACUUUAUACGCUGCGCUCGCAAAGAGUCCGAACCGGAGAAGAGGUUGGAGUUUGUGAGGAAGAGAUACCACAAGGACAUCCUGAGCAGCCCGGUUCUGAUGCUGAACUUCUGUCCGGACCUGCUGUCGGAGCCCCUGGACCUCCACCGAGCCACCAGAGAGCUGCUGUUCCUCAUCGACCGUAGUGGCAGCAUGAGUGGCACCAACAUCCAGCGCAUCAAGGAAGGCAUGGUGGUGGCACUGAAGAGUCUUCCUCCAGGCACCAUGCUCAACGUUGUGGGCUUUGGCACCUCCGUCAAGGCUUUGUUUAGCUCCAGCAAGCUCUGCACAGACGUGACCUUGGUGCAGGCGUGCGAGUACAUCCAAAGGAUGAGAGCUGAUAUGGGGGGUACCAACCUGCUGGGGGCCCUGUCCUGGGUGUACCAGCAGCCGGCCCAGCGCUCCUGCCCGCGCCAGCUCUUCAUCAUCACGGACGGCAGCGUCAGCAGCGUGGGCAAGGUCCUGGAGCGUCGCAGGAACACCUGCGCUGCCAGGUGUUUCGGUCUCGGUCUGGGGCCACGUGCCUGCAGGAGGCUCCUACAGGGCGUUGCCAAGGUGACGGGAGGAACCACAGAGUUCCUGGGUGAGGAUCAGAGACUGCAGCCCAAGUUGAUUAAGUGUCUGAAGAAGGCCUUCGAGCCUGUCCUUACUGAUGUACGGAUAGACUGGUACCUGCCCGACAACAUGGAGGCUCUCCUCUCACCCAGUGAGAUCCCUCCGCUCUACCCGGGGAAUCACCUGAUUGGCUACUGCACCUUGUACGAUGUUUCUCCCUUCAAAGGCAAGACGACUGAGGUGCGCGGGCGUGGCUAUAAGGGUGUGUCCAGGGGUUCCGUGGGCUCCGUGUUCUGCCUAUCGAACGACGAGCUCUCCCCUCCGCCCGGCUCGGAGCUCCUCCCCAUGAUGACAUCACCAGAGGGGGCGGAGCUGGAGGAGGCGCUGAGGGAGAUCUCCCGAGAAAUCUCCUCAGAGUUCUCCUGCGCCAGGGACACUGACCCUGGCGCCAGCCUAGGAGGAGAGCUGGACUGGUGCAGCGACAUCCGAAGGAGGAUCCAGGAGACCUCCUACAUCCAGGAGCAGUACGUUCUCACCCGCUGCUCCCUGAGCAGUGAGAGGGGCCUGCACACACACAGCCACACGCUCACACACACCUCCUCCUCCGCCUCCGACCCCUACACUCCGGACCCCCUGCCCGGGCUGGAUACGGGCUCCCUGCCCCAGGGGCUGGAGAAGAUGCCCCCGCCCGAACACAGGACCACCCUGUCUCGCUGGAGCGAGUCGCCGUGGCAACAGACCACCUCUGUCGACAACAGUGACUCUGGGGUUAAAAAGGUUGGCCGUCUGUGUGGAGGGGAGGAGUCUCGGAAGAGACAGAGGGCAUUGGCCCGCUCCACCAUGUCAGCGAGGAGUUUCUCCUCCCCCCAGGGAGAGCUGGACAUGCACCGCCUGCGGAGGGCGCUAGAGAGGGUGUCCUUCGACCAGGCGGUGGGUGGGAGGCUGGAUGAGAGUGACGGGGAGACACAACCCCCCCCGCAGGAAGGGCUGUCCUGCCAGAGCCUGACCGACUCCAAUGGUCUGCUGUUCCCUGCCUCUCCUCUGGACUGGGACAGCUUCACAGACCCAGAGUAUCUUUUCUCUGCUGCCCCCCCUGAUGACCCCCCCACCCCUCCGACCCAGUGCCGCUCCCUCAUCCACGGCCUGCUGGCUGGGAGGCCUGUGUCCUGGGAGGUCACCCUGGACCUGUCCCCCCUCUGGGCCCCCGACAGUCCUGGGGGAGCAGGAGGAGCAGAAGGAGAGCCAUGGGAGGACAUCAUCCACCAACUGACCGCUCGCUCCGUCAUCAGAGACUUUGAGAAACUGGCAGAGAAGGAGAGCGAUGCUGAACAUGGUCCCACUAAGCGUUACCGUAUGAAGGCCGUCCAGACCAGCAAGAGCUGCAACAUCAUCUGCAUGUACACAGCCUUCACUGCUACCGACAGCAGCCCUGGGAAGGGCCUGCUGGAUGCAGGGGACGUGAAGAGCACUGGGAACGGGGUGCGCUUGGGGAACAGGCGUCGUUCGCAGUCGGGGAGUCGCAGAGAGCGGGCCUACUCCGUGGGGCUGGGCCGGAGACCCUCCAGUAGAGACAGCGAGGAGCUGGAGGAUGCCUGCAACUCCACAGACAGGGACGACACUCCUGCCUCCCCCUGCAGCCUGACAUCCUGGGACAGCAGUGUCGGGGGCAGUGCCUACCCUGCCAGUCCUUCCGCUGUGUCUGGCACGUUGUCCACACGCUCCCAGCGCUCUGUGGAGAGCAAGUCUGUAGAGAGCUUCUUCGGCUCCAGGUUUCCUCUGGGAAAACUGCGGUUGUCUAACUCGUCAGGGAAGCAGGCUCCUCUGAAAGCCCACUGUCUGUCUGCGGAGACGGAGAAACACACCGACACAGAGAUCCCUGACUACUUGCCUCUGGUGCGUCUGCAGCUGGCCUCCGGGGCCUUCCUGCUGAACGAGGUCUACUCUGACUGCCUCCAGAUCCCUCUGGGCCGCCUGAGGAGGGCCUCCCCCUACAGCCUGCACCGGAGCAGCCUCAACCCCCCCUUCCACUGCACCUCCCACAGCUCCCCCAAUACCAACCCUCCCCCCUCCUCCUCCUCCGCACAGCCUGUACCCCCCAUGCCCUCCUUCUCCUUCACCAGGCUCCCCGUUCAAUCUCCCCAGAACAGCCGGGAAGACCCUCCCCUGACCCCAGAAGCCGGGCUCCGUCAUCACUUCUCCAACCGGGACGUCCCCAGGACCUCCCCCCCGGACCAGCUCAGCUCAGAGGAAGGCUUCUCCGAAUUGCCGGCUGGCAACGCCCACCCCCACCCCCAGGUGGACAGCGGGCGUGGCUCCGAGACGGACGUCUGCGAAGGCGCUUCACUGGACCCGGCAGCUCCGGACCUCCAGGGUAGCGACCAGCUGGCGCAGGGGGACCUGGAGGGCUCAAGCUGGGCCACGGUCGUGGCUCUGGCCUGGUUGGAGCACCGCUGCGCUGGCUUCUUCAUGGAGUGGGAGCUGGUGGCGGCCAAGGCAGACUUCUGGCUGCGGGGUCAGGAUCUGCCGGAGGGGCUGGACCUGGCUGGGCUGAAAGGGGCUGCCAGGCAACUCUUCCUGUUGCUGCGCCACUGGGACGAAAACAUCAAGCUCAACAUGCUGUGUUACAACCCCAACAACAUGUGAACCGACGUCACUGUCAAGAUCCUCACUGUGCCUGAUUUUGUUAUCCUGAGUUAAUACAGUCUAUGCCUUAGAGGGACUCUGUGUUCUUUACUGCAGCUAGUAACAUGUUUAACAUUCAGAAACUCGCUUUGUAAAGACAAUUGAGCUAAUUCCUCCUAAAAAACUGCUGCGUUGCAUUGUUUCUAUUCCAGCAAUAGGUUUGAGUGACACAUUUGGCAGUUUCAUGUUAUUUAAAUUUUACCCAAUUUGAUACUGAGAUGAUCUUGAUAAAACUAUAAAUCAGAGAACCCGGCCCUCCGUUUUUGUACACAGACCCAAGUGGCCUUUUAAUGACAUAUGCAACCACAAAAAUGCCUUGAUCACCUUAAAUGCUUGUGUUCAGAUUAAUUGUACCUAAACAGUUUUAUUUUUCUGUCUUUGUUGAAUGACCCAGUUGCUGGGUUGCAUGUUUAACCAAUAAUUAAUGUUCUAAUGAUUUAAAUUUCUUUAGAGAUCAACAAAAUAAAACACAUUUGGAAUCAAUUCCCAAAAGGUUUGUCGUCACAUGUAAUAGAACAAAACAUGCAAAUGAAACUCAAACUAAUCCGAGCAAUUAAACUAUGGUGAACAACAUUCCUUAUGCCAG